AUGUGGUUUCUAAGAAAAAUGGCCACGACGUACGCGGAUGAAAUCAAAAAGUUCUUUGCAACAAAUGCCAAGACUCGAGACGUUCAGGCACAUACUGCUAAAGUUCACUCAGUAGCCUGGAGUUGUGAUGGUCGCCGGCUUGCAUCGGGAUCAGAUCGACUGACAAAAGACUACACAGUAUUUCGUGGACAUGGUGCAAGCGUAGACCAACUGUGUUGGAACCCACACAAUCCAGGUCAGUUGGCAACAGCAAGUGGAGAUAAAACUUUCAAGUUUGAGGUCAAUGAGAUCUCCUUUAACAAGGAUUAUUUUGCAAUAGGAAGUGCAGAUGCUCUAGUCAGUUUAUGGAACUUGCCAGAGUUGGUGUGCAUGAGGACAUUUACACGGCUUGAGUGGCCUGUACGGACACUGAGUUUUAGCAAUGAUGGAAAGAUGCUUGCAUCCGCCUCCGAGGAUCUGGUUAUUGACAUUGGUGAGGUAGAAACGGGAGAGAAGCUUCACCAGAUAACCUGUGAUUCCCCAACUUUUACCGUCGCCUGGCAUCCAAAACGAAACCUUCUAGCAUACGCUUGUGACGAUAGACGGGACAGAGACGCUGGCAUAGUUCGAGUGUUUGGCUUCCCCUCUGACACUUAA